AUGUCCUUUUGGGUGGUAGAAAGACAAAGCCGCAGCCCGCUUCUUGACGGAUCAUGUACUGCUUGCCGUCACGUCGAUUACCGAGACUUCAGCAUAAAUACAGGUACUCAUGACGACGACUAUUGCAGCAUCCAUGGUAGGAUCAAAAAUCCUCACUGGCACCCGGAUAACUCUUACGACAAUGGCUGUCAAUAUGCAUUCCACGAGCACGUGGCCCAGCAGCAUUCGGUACCAGUGCCGAAAUUGGCAUUUCUUGUUAUUCACCAAGGCGAUGACUGCCUGUCAACCCCGUCGCCCUCACCGUCCCCGAAACCACCAUCUUUGGAUGACGCUUCCAACGCUUUCCACACCCGAAGCGCUAUUCCCGUCCCUUUGGAACGUACCGAAUCUGGUUUGUCUAUAUCAUCUGAUGCCUCGGCACAUCAUGACGACAGCUCGACAGACCAUGACCGAUAUGGACAUUCGCUGGAGGACCUUGAAGCCGCAAGACUUGUCCGUCAACACAUUUCAAGUUACCGCCGCAGAUUUCCAGACUCUCAGCCUGAACGAAUCUUGAAAGCACUCAUCAACCCAAAGUCUCGAGGUGCAGAAUUUCGACUGGACAAUGACGCUUUGCAGAGCAUAUUUUCUGCAUCUAAUGAGCUUUUUUUUGCCAGUCGUCUAACACGCAGGGUUGCUUGGGACUGGAGCCACUCCGCAUCACAGCAGUACGAUAAUCACAUUGUUGGCACCACUGCUCUUCGACGAAGCGCGAGGCUUGGGGGGUGGGAAACAUUGAUCGUGCUUUCCUCGCCUAUCCUCAGAGACAAUCAAUACAAUCGGCGGCUACUCAUCUCUACAUUCUUACACGAAAUGAUCCACAGUUUCAUGUUUGUCACCUGCGGACUCAAGGCUAAGCAAUUCGGAGGUCACACUGAUGGGUUCCGAGAGAUUGCAGGUAUCAUUGAUGACUGGGCUGGAAAAAACUGCCUACACCUGAGAGACAUGGAGGCGGAUCUGUCUCGCUGGCGUGGCGACGACUUCUCUGCUGGCGAUCAUGCCCGGGGCCUUGACUAUAUCAACGAUACAGCACAAGCACACUUCGAACAAGCGGACUGGAACGGUCGGUGCCAGGCACACAAAUAUGGAGAUUACCUACAGCCCACAUACCCGAGAGGACGUGCGGCGCAGGAGGAAUGGAAUUGGAAUACGCAAGAAGGCUUCGGAGAAGGCUCACAAUAUGUGGCCAAUUUGCAGUAUGUUCCUGGAUAA